AUGGUUUUCUGGGCGACGCGAGUUUUACGUCCUCAGAUAUCCGUCUGCAUUAGCCAGAUCCAAUAUUCGCUGAAGAAUCCAGUUCCUCAGAUGCCAGUCGAAAGUUUGGAACAAUGGCAAGACAAGGAUAUUAUUCGGCGUCGAAGACCUAAUUUACACAUUGUCUUAGUAUAUAUCGAUCAAGCUUUGGAAUUGGACAGCCCCGAUUCAAUUACAGUGAAGGAUAUGAAGGACGGGUUACGGUGGGAUGAAAUCGACAAGGCGCUACGAAUCCUGCGGAAGUCCAACGAGGAAAACCUCAGGCAUAUUUUAACAGAUGCCAUGAAAUGUUUAGAUGCUGAUGCCUGUCUGGAGGUUCUUGAACCGGAAACUUCUGCUUUAUCAAAGGAGAAGAUGCUGGAAAUGGGAAGACGGGCAUUAUAA